GAGUAUAUAGAUAACUAUCGUACAACUCGGCUGACCACAAUACCUACAGGUCUAACAUGAAGUUUGUAGCAAUCCUAUUGAUAUUGGUCAUCUCCUUGGCUGAAGGUGGUAGCACCAGUUACCGAUGUAAUCCAAAGUGUGGUUUGCAGAAAGACAAAGGGACGUGUUGUAGACAAAGAUAUUGUUAUCCGAAAACUCAAUAUUUCUAUGACCAUGGAAAAGGGAGAUGUCGCCGAUUUAAAUACAAGGGGUGUAAUGGUAACAAAAACCAAUUUGCUAGCAGAUGGACAUGUAUGAAAGCAUGUCGAGGAUGUGAUUUCAAAUAUGGCUACGGCUAUGGUUAUCAAAAAGGAAAAGGUGAAGUUCAUGGAUAUGGACAUACAAAGGGAAAGAGCUAUGGAUAUCAAAAGGGAAAAGGCGAAGGAUAUGGCUAUGGAUAUCAAAAUGGAAAAGACGGAGGUCAUGGUUAUGGUUAUGGAUAUCAAAAAGGAAAAGACGGGGGAAUUGGUUAUGGGUAUAACAAAGAAAAAGGAAAGGGAUAUAGCUAUGGAUAUCAAAAGGGAACAGGUGAAGGUCAUGGCUACGGCUAUGGAGGUCAUGGUUAUGGCUAUAGCAAAGAAAAAGUAGAGGGACACGGUUAUGGCUAUGGAUAUCAAAAAGGUAAAGGUGAAGUUCAUAGCUAUGGCUAUGAAAAAUUAAACAGCAAUAAACAUGGUUAUGGUUAUUUAUAUCCCAAAGGGAAAGGGGAAAGUCAUGGUUAUGGCUAUGGAUAUCAAAAAGGAAAAAUCGAAGGAUCUGGCCAUGGAUAUCAAAAGGAAAAAGGUCAAAGUCAUGGUUAUAACUAUGGUUAUCUAUAUCAAAAGGGAAAUGGCAAAGGAAAAGGACAUGUGUAUGUCAAAGGAAAAGGACAUAUGUAUGUUAAAGGAAAAGGACACGGCAUGGGAAAAGGACAUAUGUAUGUUAAAGGAAAAGGACACGGCAUGGGAAAAGGACAUAUGUAUGUUAAAGGAAAAGGACACGGCAUGGGAAAAGGACAUAUGUAUGUUAAAGGAAAAGGACACGGCAUGGGAAAAGGACAUAUGUACGUCAAAGGAAAGAGACAUGGCUUUUACAAAGGAAAAGGACACACAUUGAGCAAAGGAAAUGGGCAUUUUUAUCGCAAAGGAAAACGUCCUUUUAAUCGCAAAGGAAACAAUCAUUUCUAUCGCAAACGAAAAGGUCAUUUCAAUCGCAGACGACAAGGACGUUUUUAUCGUAAAGGAAAUGGACGUUUUGGUCGACGUGGCUAAGACCUGACACUUUUAAAAGAAAAAUACAUCAAUAUAGCUAAAAACCAUAAAAAUUAUACAUAUGAGUAUUGAAAAGAAAAUGAUAAAUAUAACAAGACCCUCGAAGUAUAUUGGAAUUAUUUGGAAAUUAUUGCAAUAUAGUAACCACUAUAUCUAAUUCAGCUGGUCCAAUAAACCAGUUGAGCUUUUGAUAUCACAACCUACUUUUGAAGGGCUU